AUGACGGAGCCGGAGGCCGGGACCGAGGACCUGGACACCCUCAUCGACGAACUGGACUACCUGCCGGGCCACUUCCACCUGGAGAUGCAGCUCAACUUCGAGCCUCGCUCACCGGCUCAGCUGCGUGCCCGGGACCUGAAGCUCCAGCGGGAGGGUCUGAGACAGGAGCUGGAGCUGGUAGCCAUCCCGCAGCUGCCUGCUGUGCGUCACCUCCUGGGAACCUUUUCCUUCUACCUGGAGGAGCUGGACGAGGCCCGCGAGCGUUUCCUGGAGGUGGCCCGCGAAGACCCUGGCAACCUCAACGCCUGGGCCAAUCUGGCACACGUCUACGGGCAGCUGGGCCAGGAGGAAGAGGAGGAGGCUUGCACCGCGAGACUGGCCAGCCUCAUGGGCCUGGCAGGGGACCCCGAGGAUCCAGGAGACCCACGGCUCUGCGCUGCCCGCUGCCUGGCAGAGCAGGGGUAUGCACACGGCUUUGACGUGGGAUGUGCCAGUCCAGAGGAACGUGCACAAGUGCUAGAGGCGGGCAUCGCGCUCUACGACAAGGCGCUGGGCUAUGGGCAGCAGAUCCCAAUAGAGGAGAAAAGGAGCUGGUAUUUCACCAUGGCAACGCUCUUCAUCAGGCUGGAUGGCAUCUUGCUGGAGAUGGGCAGCGAGGAGCAGAAAAGGCUGCCAGCCUUCAACCGCACCCUAGCAUUACUGCGGCAAGUCCUCAAGUCCUCAGACUCCCGACACCAAGCUCUGGCCUGGUGCUAUGUUGGCAUGCUGCUGGAGAGGAAGGACACCUUCUUUACCACCCCCAUGGGUGUCCAUGAAUGCGGGUACUCGGGGACAGAGCCCCUGGACUGCUUUGGCAAGGCCAUUGAGAUCGCCAAGGACCAACCUCCCAUCCUGAACCGCCUGGCCAAAAUCUUCCACUUCCUAGGAAAGCAGGAUUUGGCCAUAGGAACUUGCAACAUGUCCCUGGAUGUGCUUAGGGACCCACAACUCAACUGGCAGGCUUACUGCACCAGGGCCAAGGUCCAAAUCAGAGCCUAUGUCCACGACCUGGAACGGGCCAAGGUGGGACUUGGAGGUAUGCCGGACAGGAACCACCUGGCCUGUGCCAAAGCUGACCUUGAGGAAGUGGUCAAGGUGUACCCAGGCCUCAGGACCUACCUAGACAUUGGCCAGGUUUACUACUACAUGGGCGUGGAUGCCAUGCGGGAGCUGCUGGCAGUGGAUGAGGCCGCGCUCAACCAGGCGCUGGUCUUCCUGGCGAAGGCUGGCGAGUUGGAACUGGGAGACACGCUGCCCGAGCUGCAGCUGCUGCGCGGCAAAUGCUUGCGAGUCCAGGGCGAGGACGCCAACGCCGCAGCCUGCUUCAAGCGUGCAGUGGAGUUGGACGACGCAGGAUCCAGUCACACUGAGAGCUUCGGCUGCCUGCUAGAGGCGCUGCUAGCCCAGUGGAGCCAGGCGCAGUUGAGUGAUGGCGAGGUGGGCUGCGAGGUGGACAUUUGGCUGUGCCAUGCCCAGAGCAAGUACCCGGCAGCACGCCUGCGCCAGGAGCUACAGCGUGUGUGGCGCAGUCACACAGAUGAGGUCCUGGGCCUGGCCAGCGCCUUAGUAGCCCAGGGACGGCCAGCACUAGUGAGGCUGCUCUUUGAAACCAUGGAACAUGAGGGUGAGGACACUGGAGGGCUAUGCAAAAGUCGAGCAUCCUCCUCCUGAGUCAGGUGCUGAUGCACUGAUGAGGCCCAGACCGGAAGAGGCCCCACCUAGGUGAUUGAAUCUAGCCAUGGCACCCAAGACAGCUCACCUGACAGGGUGAGCAGAGCCAGAAUGUUUUCCACACUGGGUUAUAAUUUAGUCAAAGGCUUGCUUAGCAAGCUUGAGGCCCUGGGUUCCUUUCCUAUACCUGGUUGGGGGGAGGUGGGAAGAUCAAAGAAGACUUUCUCCUCCUCCGGAAAUUGUGAAUGGGUAGCUUUGGAACGUUUUAUAAAUUUGAAAUACCCAUAGGGCAGUAAUGGGCACUUGCGGGGAAAAUCUGCAGAGCAAGGAGUCUGGGAGCAGGCAUGAGAGGCCACUGGAAAACUGCCACUUGGGGAAAAGAAUUUUACAGACAUGCAGCAAUAAUAGAAUGGCUCAAGUUUCCUGACAGAAAGGAUAGCUAUCUCAGAUGUGACUUUCUACCCCAGAUGUCUGAGUGACUGCCAUUGGAGUCCCAAAGGGCCACACUGAAAGUUUAGCUGAGUGGGUCUUAAGUCCUCAGCCAGAAAAGCCUAGCUAGGACAGACCAAGGUGGCACUAUAUGUGGGUGAGGCAGGGUUCUGACUUCAAUCUUGGUGCUCAGAGCCAGUCCCUGCCUCUCCAUCAGCUCCAGCAGGUCUCUGCUUUAGCCAGCCUUCUUGGAAGGCUUCCCAAAGUCCCUGAAAUAAAACUCAUCAGAAGAACCCUUCCCCACCUUCCCUGUCCUCUCUGUGUCCCUGCUCCUUUACUGUUUAGUUUGUUUGUUUAUCAGUUUAUGAUACCUCAAGGAGU